AUGAUCACCAAACUCAUCUCUCUUUUCCUCCUGCUCUCAGCAGCCACGGGCUUGGCUCCCUACCAGCUGCCUCGAAAUGCAUCUGCUUUCCAGCAGCGAAACCUCGACACCAUCAACAAGAUCUACAACCUCACCACUUAUCCAAGCAACCUGGUCUUCCUGCAGAAUGGUGUAGAUGCUAUACCUGCUGGCCUCUUCGCAGAAGAUGUCGUCGGCCGAAUCACCCCUAUCGGCAACUUCAGUGGUAUCAAUGACACGGAAGAGUACUUCUUCGCCCUGACCCCCGACCCGGCACCCCCGACCUACGCCACCUGGACCAACGCCACCGUCAUCCACUUCGUGUCCGAGUGCCCCGAGGUCGCGGCGUCGGUGGUGUACGGCAAGACGAUGGGCGUGAACGCCUCGGCCCCGGCGACGUACCAGAAGCGGGUCUCGACCAUCAAGCAGGUCGCGUUCUGGCAGUUCGACGACGACGGCGCCGUGCUCAAGUUCGACGCCUGGAUCCCGACCCUGCAGCAGUGGUGGAACACGACCCACGAUGUCGCGCACUUCCCGGUCGACGAGGCUUUGGUCCGCGCCCAGCUUUGUCAGGCUACCCAGGCCACGUGCACCGGAGCCAACAAGCAGUGGGACUCUGCCGACGAGUGCGUCACCGGUCUGACCCAGAAGCCCAUGGGCACGUUUGAUAACCUGUGGGGCGACAACGUCUGGUGCAGAGCCCUGCACGUCCGACUCACUCCGCUUCGACCUGAUGUUCACUGCGCACACGUCGGCCCCAAUGGAGGAGGCAAGUGCGUCGAUGUGCCUUACAACCAGGCCUACUUUGACGACGAGGCCUUGUUCGGUGAUGCCUCUGGGGAGACGUUUGUCUGUCCUGAAGCAUGGCCUGGGAACUAG